UACUGUGUGAGCUGUGAUUGGUCACAGCUUGUCACAUGGAACAAGGCUGUUGUGAAUAGCCUUGUACCAUGUGACCUCUGUGAUCAUUCACAGAUUUUACACGUAGUAAGCAAUGAUGUCAGAAGUGACAUCUUACUUAUACUUAUUCAUGUGAUCACUGAUUGGCCAAUCAGUGCGCCAUUGGCAGCUACAGCUGACGAUCACCAGGUCCCAGCUGGAGAUUCCCCGCCAGCACCCAACGAUCGCGGAGGAACACUGCCAGGGAAGAGGUCUGUAUGUAAACAAUACAGAUCUCUCCCCUGUCAGCACCAGCAUUCUGCUUUG